CUUCCUUUCUGGAAAUGAUUUUCGUCUCUAACCAUGUUGAGACUCUCUUUUCUCAUUCUUUCAUUCUGACUUGCUCUUUUUCCUCUCAUUUACUACUGCAUCUGAGUAGAUCUUCUGACAGUAGAGUAACAGAACUUGCUGCUUUCCCCACCCCCUUUCCUGCGAUUUUUCCUUUGCAGAUCUUACCAUGGGGUGUGGACUACGAAAGCUAGAAGACCCAGAUGAUAGCAGCCCUGGAAAAAUAUUUUCUACGUUGAAGAGACCACAAGUGGAAACAAAGACUGACUCUGCUUAUGAAUAUGUAUUGCUGGAUUUUACUUUAGAAGUGUCCUCGAAUCCAGAAGUUAUCGAAAUCAGUUCUGUGUUGGAUAUAGCACCAAAAGUGGAAGAGUAUUACAUCAAAGGAUAUGUUGUAGGAGCAAUUCAUCCUAUUAUAUUACCUGUUGGGCGAAGAAAGCACUUUUCUGCAAGUUAUUUGUAUCGAGUGGUACUAUCACGACUCAAAUUAAGCCCGAAGCAUACAGCACCCAGAAGACAAAGACACCCCAGGCUUGUGAUUGAGGAAUGUCCUUUAAUGUAUGAAACACUGACAAAUGAGGUAGUGAAAGGAUUGUUAGAAAAGGUCAAUGAAGCUGCUAAAAGAGGGAAGAAGUUUGUUGGAUUUAUAACACAGCAUUUUCCUCAACCUAAAUUCUGUAAUGGCACAAACACAGAUGGAAAUGUGGACUCUGAAUCAGCACUAAGCAUAAGGAGUAGAGAGCACAGGAAAUACAAUUAUGAUGAAAACUAUAAAAACUGGAAUGAAGGGACUUUGAGUGGUCAGUCAUCCGAGAGUGGAGUAGAGGAAGAAAUUCAGCCAGAAAGGGGACAGUUACAGGGUGCUGAUUUCCAAUUUGGAAAAGAAGGCAAUCCCCGCCCUACUAAACCAAGAAAAGGAGAAGAUAAUAAAUUAUAUACAGUCUUCAAUGUUUUUGAUGAUGACUCAACCUGCUGGACCUAUUAUGAGGGCAUUUUGUCUAUGAAAGUAACAAGAAAAGGGGCAGUCAUUAGUACUCUGGAUGCAGAUUGGCUAGAACUAACCGCAUUUUAUUAUAAACAAGGAUUGUCAUUAAUUGAUUCUUUUGUAUACUGGGAAACUUCUAAAGGAGACCACAUGCCCAGAUUUUUAGAAGGAUUAUUUAUAUAUGAAGAAGAAGGUUCAGGAGUUCCAGGUUCUAACAGGAAAGGAAAUGAUACAAUAGUUGUAGAACAAUGGACUGUCAUUGAGGGAUGUGAAAUUAAAACAGAUUAUGGACCUUUACUGCACACACUGGCUGAGUUUGGAUGGCUUCUUACAUGUGUACUGCCUACACCGAUCAUCCGACAUGACAGUGAAGGAAAUCUGGCCACAAAGCAAGUUGUUUUCCUUCAGAGACCUGUUAUGUGGAAUUCAAACACCCAGACCCCAGAGAAGAAAUCCACAAGGCAGCUCAGAAGUGAUGAGAAAGGCAAAGUCUCUAGCAGAAGUAUUGGAUUAGACACAGCUACAUCUCGCCCUGCAGAAAGUGGGCAUCCACCUGAUGAGUUUCAUCUGUCUCCUUCUAAACCAUGUUGGAUCAAGGAGGGAUCUGCCCCAUAUGAAAGCUUCUCAGGAUUCAAUAGCAGCGAUAGUGUGUUAAGGGAACUGGAUGAUGGACAGUUCGAGCAGGAAGAUGGAGCCACUCAGGUCACGUGUAUGUGACCAAGUAAGUAACUUGUAUUGGAGGGAACUGUAAAUAAUUAAAACAAAUGUAAAGACUGAAUUUACUACAUUACUUUAUAUGCAUUUGUAUAAUCCUUCAUUUUCCCAGACUCAUGUUUAUAUAUCUUUUGCUUCUUUCUAGAGUUAUACAGUUAGCAAAUAAUACUACUACUGUAAAAUACUGUAGGUUUAUGUCUGUUCUUAAUGGAACAUUGCAUUUCUAGAACUCUGCUAACGUCAUUGGUGAUAUUCUCAAUGAUGCUUAUAAACAACAGGGAAGAAAACUUGGCAGAUCAGUUAUGGCUUGUGGUCUAAGAGACAGUGGAAUGGGAAAACAACAAGUAGAGGAAAAUGGUAUUUUUCUAAAAGAGUAUCACAAAUGUUAGAGGAUUUUAAAAAGUUAACUAUAAAGUACUUGACUGUCCUUUUAAGUUUUAAUUGCAAUUUUCAGUUUAUUUGCCUUGUCUAAAUCCAGAACCUGUUAAACCUAGAAGAUGUGAGUGCUGCACUUUCAGUCUCAACGAGAGUACUGUAGCAGGAUGUACCUAACACACAAAGCCACAUUCCAGCUAGCAUACGUGCACACCGUUAAAACCAAGGGCAAUGAGAGUGUGUGGGGUGGAUGUUUUCUGCCCUCAUUCAGUUCCAUCUAAAAUAAAGGAGCUGUCAGGGACAAUCCAAAGCUAAGACAAAGGAUCUCCCAGGGCAUAGUCAGCACAACUAAGUAUUACCUUACCAAUCAAUGGAAACAGAUUAUUUGGAAGGCUAUGAAGAGAGUGCUACCAGUAAGAUUAUAGGUGCUGCGUGUAUGUAGCUCUGUUUUGGGGGCAGUUAUGUGGAGAGGCAAAAUUUGACCCUCGGAUCAUAUAUGAAAAUAUAAAAGCUAUGUCUCAACUGAAUACCUAUAUCAGUGUGUGUAAAAUGUAUUCACCUGUUCAUAAAGUUCCUGGCUGGAAGAGUCUUGCUUGCAGAGGUAAUUAUGAAAACUAUUAUAGAUCAGCAUCCUCAAGGAGAGUAGCUCAAGAGGCUUGAGUACUAAAAGACCCUAACAUUGAUGUAGGUGUGUUGGAAGAGGUGUUAAUAAUGAUUUUCUGUAGCUGUAUUGCAAUAAUACUUGAUUCAGUCACUGCCUAAUUUGAUCAGCCAUUUAGUUUAUUAAAAACCUCUGGAACCAAGUCAUUAGUAUAAAAAUAAAUUAACAGCUUUCAUCCUUUAUUCUGAUCAAUGUUAGGCUCUUUAGGCUGGUAUUGUAAUUCAGUCAUUGCCUAUAGAAAGUUGCCAUUUAAUUAAUAGAGAAUGCAAAAAUUUUAAAUGAGAAAAGUAUGGAGAAUGGGGGAAGCUAAAGAAAAAUGUCCGUGCUGAUGAUAAAAGUGAUUGAUUGCAACUAAAGCUUGCAUUAUUCAGACACUCUUAUGGACAUUAUAAGCACAAGCUGUGACAUGUACCUUCACAAGGCAUUUGAUUAACUGAAAUUAGUGAUUGAUCCUAUUAAACUGAUGGAAACAGAUUUGGCCAAAUAAGAAUGGCACAGUACGAAGGAAAUGUAAUUAAAUGACAAUCAGGGUCCUUUUACUACAGCUGGAUGGAAGGAAGACCUCGCUUAACUGACCCUUCUCUUUCUUUAACCACUUUGCGCACACAAUGUAUUAGGUAAAAUCCCCCUCUUGUAUGAUCCCAUAUACCUCCCCUUUGAAGUGCCUUUAUUCCAGAAAAUAUUUGUACUUCAAAGAAGGCCACUGUGUUCUAUUGCCAUAGUGGAGAUCAGCUGUGGAGAGAACAGCAUUAACAGACUGCAAAGGGACUUUUGGCCUAGACUGGUAGGAUAGCAGAAUUCACAGAGUACAGACAGAAUGAUAACGGAAUCCUCAGGGGCCAGCAGGGUGGUGAGAACAUAUUUGUUAUUACUGUGUAAUGAGCAACACUGAAUCAGGUAAAGGUUUAGUGCUAUUUCAGUUCAAUUCAAUUCCGUGAGGUGUUGUUUUUUUUUGUUUGGUUGGUUUUUUUACAGAAAAUCCAAGAAAUAGCAUACGUCAGAUAAUAAAGUUAUUGUAAUGUGAGCUGGUAACAACCCCUCCAUUUAAGCUGUCUAACACUUUUUCUAUUGUAGAAGAUUCUUGCCAGUUUGUUCGGGUGUUCUUAGAAACUGUAACACCUCUAGGUAUUUAAAUUUGGCAGAGCCAAACGCUUGGCUUAGAAAUGUGCCUUUUACUUGUCCCAUGAAAUUCCAUUCAGGUUUGGCGGAGUUAUAAAUGGCUUAAAAUUGCCAUUUCCCUUCUUGCUCUUGAAUUCCUCAGGAAAACGCUGGCAGCAUGUCAAAAGAAUAACUGAAUUUGAAAGUUUUAAUAGCCAAGUCCAUCCCACAGCAGCGCACACAACUGGGUACGCUGGGAACUGCCAGAGUAGCUAUAGCAGUGGGAUUUGGGGGAAGAGCUUAGAUGGGGCUUCCCCCAUGCCCUCAGCCAAACAGUCCCAGCAUCUCAUCCCAUUUCUGGGGAGCUUGCUACACCUCCCAAGGUGGAGGGGACAGAGAAAUCUAAGCCCUGGUCUACACUGUGGGGGUGGAAGGGGAAAUCGAUCUAAGUUACGCAACUUCAGCUAUGUGAAUAACGGAGCUGAAGUCGACGUACUUGGAUCGACUUACCAUGGUGCUUUCACCACGGUGAGUCAACUGCUGCUGCACCCCCGUUGACUCUGCCUAUGCCUCUCUCCGCGGUGGAGUACAGGAGGGGACGGGAGAGCACUCGGGGAUCAAUUUAUCGCGUCUAGACUAGACUAGAUGUGAUAAAUUCAUCCCCGCUGGAUCGAUCGCUGCCCUCCAAUCCAGUUGGUAAUGAAAAUGUACCAUAAGUCAGGCUCCUCAACCACCUCCAGGGAUCCAGCACAUUGUUCCACUCCUCCUCUAGGAUAAUAGCCUUCUUCUGCAGCCAGCUAAUGUAGUUAGUCCUGUAGCUCAGGUGGUAGUUUGUUUUGCAUUGCUGAAAGUUAGGGGUUCAAAUUAUCAUAAUGAUGUAGGAAUGGGGGAUGUAAGUUCUUACAGUUGUACAUAAAAAUAUUUUUACUUUUUUCCUUUAAAAAAGCUACAUUAAAAAAUGGUUUAGGUUGUAAAGUCUAGCACUUGCAGGUUAGGAGAUGCCAGAUUUAGGGCUGCCUAUGCAACCUUCAUUUGGCCCCCUGGUGUCUAUUAAUUUUGGUGAUUCUCUUUUGAACCCUGUUAUGGUCUUGGCCUUCACAACAUCUUCUGGCAAGGAGUUCCACAGGUUGACUGUGCGUUAUGUGAAGAAAUAUUUCCUUUUAUUUGUUUUAAACCUGCUGCCUACUAAUUUCAUUUGGUGACCCCUAAUUCUUGUGUUAUGUUGUAUUAUGGUAAAGUCUUUAAUUGCAUUAUCACAUGCUGGUUUUUUUUGCAGGACCCCUGCUUCAAUCAGUACACAAGGGGAAACUUAAAAGCUAGGAAAUGCCAGAUUUACGUUGAGUGCUUGACUUUGUAACCAGAAAAACAAAUGACAUUAAAAGAUAGUUAAUAUACAAUAAA